AUGAUGAAGUUAUCAAGCGAAUCAGCAACACCGCGAAUUUGGAAGAACGUCCAAGGCCAAGUAUCAUCCCUAAAGUCCACAAUUUGGAAGCCUCGACUUGGAUUUUCGAAUUCCCACGAGUUGUCGCAUCAUUCACACAGUAGCACGCUUCAUUUGAAAGACGACGGCACAUUGAUUCUCAGGGAAAGAGUCAAACAAAGUAUUCCAUGUAAGACCAAUGUGAGCAGCUAUCCAUUUGGAAACACAACGUGCACAUUAAUAUGGAAGAGCGAGGAUUUGACGCAAUAUGAAGCGCGCAUUCGAUGGAAAAUGAUUGAAAGCAAUGGGGUUGAGGCUGGCGACCUUCUUCUAAAUUCCACGUCAACAAGUCAUAACGACAGUUAUACCCAAAAUGGAGUUAUCGACAAGCUUACAUUGGUGUUUACCUUUUAUCGUGGACCUAAUAAGGUUCUUCUUCUGUUCUAUCUCCCAUCAGUAAUUUGUUUGGCAAUCUCAUGGUUUUCAAUUCUACUGGGUCCAAUGGCAAUAACGAGAUCGUUGCUGAACAUUGGAGCAUUUAUUUGCUCAAUGACUGUCUACAUGGCUAAUUGGGCAGGUCUCCCAGAAACAAAUGGAAUUACAUCAAUCGAUAUAUGGCGCAUUUUUUCACUUCUGUUCAUACUAGUAGUGAUUAUUGAGCUAGUGAUUGUCAGCUUAAUGGCGAGUUUGGGAAGAUCUAGAAAAUUCCGUCGAGGGUCUAGCAAACGAAAGGGCAAAUAUGAAAUUGAGCCGGUUUACGAAGAGCUCAACGAUCUUCGGCAAAGACAAGCCAGACAAACAUGCGGCUGCUGCCGACUCUCGGCGCUUCUCCUCGAUAUUUUCAGCUUCAUCUUCAUGGGAACCGUGUUCGCCGCGUUCUGCGUCGCCAAUUAUUUCGAAAUGGACCUAAUCGUCUCAUAUUUGAACAAUGUCGAUAUAACCAAACUGUUUUAA